AUGAAUAGAGGAAAUUAUUCUGACGUCGAGGAUGAAGAUAAUUUUGGCGAAUACGUGCCAGAAGACGAAUACGGUGGCGAAAACGAUUUUGCGCACGAUGCACUGUCUGUAAUAGGGGCGUACAAAGGCCAACGUAAUAGCGAAGACGAGCGUCACGGAUUCGGAAAAGCCAUCUUACCGAACGGCGACGCCUACGUGGGGACGUAUAAAAACGGAAAGAGGCACGGCCGCGGGCAGUACAGAUUUGUGAACGGCGCCAUUUACCAGGGUUGUUACAGGGAAGGUCUGAGGAACGGCAAAGGAGUGAUGGUCUAUAAUGACAAGAGCAAAUAUGAAGGUUAUUGGAUAGACAAUAAAAAAGACGGCGAAGGGAUUUUCAAGUUCAAAAACAGCGACAAAUUUUCCGGAACGUGGAAGUCUGAUAUGAAACACGGUUCGGGAACCUAUACGUUUUGUAAGACCGGAGCUGUUUUGAAGGGAAUAUGGCAGAAUGACAAAAGAGUGAAAAACUUUCAAGUUUUCUAUCCGAUUGGUGAAGGUACUGGUUUCACGUAUCACGGCACUUGGGAUGACAACGAGUUGGUUGCCGGGAAAGGAUAUUUUGUGUUCGAACAUCUAAAGUGCAUGCAAAGUGGCGUAUACGUCGAAAACCCGUUUUACGAAAAUGCGGAAUCUAUUCAACUACUAAACAAGAUAUGCAAGUCUGUGUGGUUGUCAAAUGAAAUACUGCCGAUCAUAAGUGGCAUGUUGCCGCGUCUGCCAAAAACGCGGUCAGUGGCCAAAGCGAGGUCUUCGUGCGACACGAGUUUUCUGUUGGCUGACAAAAUGUCUGCGGUCGACGUCACGGCAUCGACGAUGAGUGGCAUGGAGAUGUACGAACACAGAGACGACCUUUGGGCUGAAAUGGAAGAUAUAGAAACCGAGUCGAGACUCAAUAUGCAGGGAGUCGACGCAAAGUUGUCGGAUUCUAACGAUCACAACGAAUGA